GGAGUCCAGAACAGUGACGAAAAACAAGAACACGUGACGGGUUUAACGGCUCACGAAAUUUGCGAUUGGAAAUAAAAUCGUCAGAUUCUCGCAGUAUUCGCCGAAACAUUAUGAAGUCGUCGCCGAUAUCCGCUGUCACCUUCGUCCUGAUCUUGGUUUCACUCGUCGAAGCCAAGUCGUCGAACCUCGAAGCCAAUGACCGACGAGUGGCUCGUGUGUCUCUAGAAAUUACAGAAACGCCGUACAUCACUCAAAUUCGAAGAGCUGAUGGUAGUUUAAUCUGCAGUGGAGCCGUUCUCAACUUUCUCUAUAUCCUAACGACCGCCAGCUGCGUAAACGGAUACGAAGCGGAUGAUCUAACCGUCGUCGUUGGCACGGAUGGUUUGAAUGCCGGGACUUUUUACUCUCUCACAAACGUAAUCAGUCAUGAAAAUUUCGUCCCGGAUGAUCGCGAUCGGCACAACGACAUCGCCAUGCUCAAGUUGGCCCGUUAUCUGAGAUACAAUACAGCCGUUCGUCCAAUUCCAAUUCCUGAGAUACAUGAGACGGAAAUUGGUCAGGAAGGCUCAAGUGCUGUAGCAUCUGGAUGGAGUAUUUCUAGCACGCUGAAGAAAAUCAGGCGAGUCAUAAACGGCGUCAACGAAUGUCGACGGUCUUACGCAUCUCUUGGCGUGUCGGUAAACGAUGAUUACAUCUGCGCAACAACCGACGUCUCAGAAAAUGACGAGGACGGCAACGACGGCUCUCCUUUGGUUCAGGACUCAAAAUUGAUCGGACUCAAGUCUUGGUCGACUUCCGGAUUCCCUGACGUUUACACUCGAGUGGCUCAUUACCGCGAUUGGAUUGAGGAAAACAAUCUAGCAUAAAAAUCCGAAAUCUUACAACAAGAUUAAUUUAUUCCCGAAGUCUGAUUUAUACCGAUAUCAGUGCUUGACAUUAUGUAACACUUUUCUAAUAUUAAUUCUGUCAUAAUAAAACUCGAACCAUUUUCA